UUACUAUUAGAGUUAUCUCCCAUUGUUAGAUCUUUAAUGCAAUUUACUCUAAUUCCAUUUUUACACUCUUUUUUGGACCUCACAUUAGGGCUGUUGAUUGAAAUGUAUUUGCCGGUCAUCAUGUAUCUUGAGUCAAGCAUGUAUCUUGAGUCAAGCAUGUAUCUUGAGUCAGACAUGUAUCUUCUGCCAGCCAAAUAUUUGGUACAUAUGUAUCUUGAGACAGGUAUGUUUCAUGAAUCAAGUAUCCAUCUCAUGUCCAGCAUGUAUCUAGUGUCAAGUAUCCGUCUCGUGUCAAGUGUGUAUCUUGAGACAGGUAUGUAUCUUGUUGUGUAUCUUGAAACAAGUAUGUAUCUCGUGUCAAGCAUGUCUCUCGAGUCUAGUAAGUAUCUUAAGUCAAACAUGUAUCUAGUGUCAAGUAUGUCUGUUGAGUUAUGUAUGUAUCUUGUGUCAAGCAUGUAUCUUGUGUCAAGUAUGUAUCUUGUAUUUUUCAUGUGUCGAGUAUGUAUCUUAAAACAGGUAUGUAUCUUUUAG